AUGCCUACCCCCUUCUAUUGUCUCUCCAGAUACUAUGCCAUCUGCUGCCAGCCUCUGGUUUACAGGAACAAGAUGACCCCUCUGCGCAUCGCACUAAUGCUAGGAGGCUGCUGGCUCAUCCCCAUGUUUAUCUCUUUUCUUCCUAUAAUGCAAGGCUGGAAUAACAUUGGCAUAGUUGAUUUGAUAGAGAAAAGGAAGUUCAACCAGAACUCCAACUCUACGUACUGUGUCUUCAUGGUCAACAAGCCCUACGCCAUCACAUGCUCUGUGGUGGCCUUCUACAUCCCAUUUCUCCUCAUGGUGCUGGCCUAUUACCGCAUUUAUGUCACCGCUAAGGAGCAUGCACACCAGAUCCAGAUGUUACAACGGGCAGGGGCCCCCUCAGAGGGCAGGCUUCAGCCAGCAGAUCAGCAUAGCACUCAUCGCAUGAGGACAGAGACCAAAGCGGCCAAGACCCUGUGUAUCAUCAUGGGCUGCUUCUGCCUGUGCUGGGCUCCGUUCUUUGUUACCAAUAUCGUGGAUCCUUUCAUAGACUACACUGUCCCUGGGCAGGUGUGGACUGCUUUCCUCUGGCUCGGCUACAUCAAUUCUGGGUUAAACCCCUUUCUUUACGCCUUCUUGAAUAAGUCUUUUAGACGUGCCUUCCUCAUCAUCCUCUGCUGUGAUGAUGAACGCUACAGAAGACCUUCCAUUCUGGGCCAGACAGUCCCCUGUUCAACCACAACCAUUAAUGGAUCCACACAUGUACUAAGGUGAGUGCUCAGGGGGCUGAUCGGUGUGGUUGAUAUGAAUUACUCAGAAGGGAUAACCCCCCUUUCCACAGGGGUAAUUCCUGAAAACGUCUACAGUGUUUGCAAAGUUUAAAGAAGGUUCU